AUGUUGCAGUGCCAACGAGCCAAAGAUCAACGGCAUCCAAUUGUUUCCAUGUACACAAGCGCACGUCGAACUGCGAAGCUUCAAGGAGAACACUUACGAUCAAAGUUGCUAUCUCUUGCGAUGGUUUUUCGUGUUCUGUGUCGGGUGGGCCAGCGCCAAAGCGCACUUGAGGUGGUUGAUGGCGGCUUUGUUGCCCCAAAGUUAAAGACCCUCGAAGACCCAAUGGUGGGCAAACACUUGGUGACCUCAGAAACCGUUGCCAGGUCCGAAGUCCUGUUUAAAGUGGAUCUCACCGUCGAAGAUGGGCGGCUGCUGCGGGAUCCCAACAUGUACAGCUUGCAGGUUAGCGAACAUCAGCACCUUGACCUUCAGAAGGUGCCAGAUGACAAAGGUGGUAUUGCUCGAUUCCUGAGCCAUUUGGAUGAACCCAACCUGAAGCCUGUGAUCACAGACGAGUCGGUGACCUUCAGUGCUGUGCGGAAGUUGGAGCCUGGUGAGGAGCUGGGUUUUCACUACUGCACCACUGAGUGGUCUAUGGCCAGCCCUUUUGAGUGUGCCAAAGAUGGCCAAAGCAUUCAGGGAUUUGUGUACUUGGACGCUGAAACACAAGACAUCCUCAAGAAGAAGGAGUUAUUGGCUGCGCAUAUCCAGCGGAUGGCAUCAAAAUUGGAGUAA